AUGGCGGAAGACGCGAACGCUGCUUGGCCCUUGGCCGAUGCCGCCCUCACUCAGGAGAUUCUCGAUCUCCUGCAGUCGGCUACUCAUCUUCGCCAAGCUAAGAAGGGCGCCAACGAAGUGACCAAGGCUCUUAACCGAGGUACAUGCGAAGUUGCUAUCUUGGCCGCCGAUACCGAACCGCUCGCGAUUCUUCUUCACAUUCCCCUUCUCUGCGAGGAUAAGGGCACUCCCUACGUCUACGUCCCCAGCAAGACCCUCUUGGGUCGUGCCUGCGGUGUCAGCAGGGCAGUCAUUGCUGCUAGCAUCAACUCCAACGAGGCCAGUGAGCUGGCUGGUCAGAUCAAGGCUCUCCGCGACAAGGUUGAGCGACUCGCCAUCUAA